CAGCGACUAUUUCAUGCGACAUUCUCAGCGGGCAGAAAAUCUUUUUUUUUUUUUGCUCACUGGAAAAGAAAAAGAUGCUUCGACUAGCACCCUGCACAAGAUAUAUACGGUGUUGUUAUCAUACUACGCGUACUAUUAACCAUAGCCAACUACGCUUAAUACCACACCAGCAAUGGAGAUCAGUACAUAGCAAACGACACCUUCGACCUAACGAAUAUGAACUUCGCGUUGGUUUCGCCAUUGCCAUUCUACAAGACGAAUUGCCCCAUUUCUUUACACAUGGUUUGACGGAACAUUCCAUAUACUCACAAAACAUUGUGCUGUCGGAUCCGCACUACACACGCUUGUCUGUACCUGGCAAAACAGCAUACCUUGGCAUAGCCGAAACGCUUCGGUGGAGUCUCCGCAUGUACUUUGACGAUAUCCAAAUGGAAAUUACCCGGCUACGUGUAUUGCCAGAUAAACAACAACAAGGGUUCGAUGACGAUGACAAUAGCAAUUCACCAUCACCACGACCGUCUAUAGACGAUAUCAAAAACAAUAACAACAAACCAACGAUCCGGCACCUUGAAAUUCGUUGGCGACUCGAAGGCGUGCGGCAUCCAUCGUUUUUCCUUAAAUUGGCAGGACCUAUAAAGCAUUACGAAGGAGUAUUUUUGUACACGUUUGAUCAAGAAGGUUACAUUGGCGAACAUCGAAUCGAGCAUAUUGUUCCGCCGCCCAGUCGACGUAUCUUGUUUGUGCAUUCACUCGGUGGUCGAUUGCGGGCAUAUUGGGAGGAGAUGAAGCGAAGGAGAGUACCAGAGCUAAGCCCAGGGCUAUGAAACUUGCCUUCCCCCCACCCCAGCGACCCCACCACAACCAACAAGAAGAAGUUGAUAUACACAUAUAUAGUUUCAAAAGAUGGGUUUAACGCGGGGGUAUAACACCGAUACUGAAAGUUUUACUAUUCGUAUAGUACCAUUCCAUAUGUAGUAGCGCACAGAUGUAAACUUUAGUAGUAUAUAUAGCUAUCUUCCAUGUGUCGUAGCAAUAAAUAUAAGGAACUCAAUGUUCUCUCAAUAAUAAUCAAGAU